ACAAUGAGCAACUGAAUAUUGACAUACUAGUGUCAUCUGGCUUUUAAAGACACUAUAAAUUGAUAAUUUUAGAUAAUGCUUUUAAUUGGCAUUAGAAUUAUGAUAUAAUUAACCAUGAAAAUGUGAAGAUAACAAAGCAAUCAUUAAUCUCAUAAAUCCUUUAAAAUUAAGAAUUGAGAGUAAUACCAACACUGGCCCAUGAAGACACCCAGGGAAAAUAAGAAGAGUGCCUAGAAGGAGUAUUAUUCCCAGUUAAAUAUUAUAACUAAUACAUUUGAGACCUGUCAAUUUUGGUUUUGCUUCAAAAUGUCCUAAAAAUAAUUAUAACAUCUCUUAGAUGGACAUUUUUUUUAUUCAUUAAUCAUUUUUCUAAUUUACAUUGAUAUAUGUUAUACAUACAUGGGUGAGAUAUACAAUUUAUGCCGUAACUAUGGAUACAGCAAAGAAAACGAUGCUUUAGAGGCAGUGCUAUUAUACGUUGGAAAGUCGUAUCACUUAUGGACUGCGGUGAAACUGGUAAGCACAGAAUUUUAUUUCCAUGCAAGCCCUGUAUGUAUUGACUAUACUUGUACAACAUUGAGUUAGAUCAAUCGUUAGACAAGUUCAUGGUACAGUUUUGAAUACACUGCUCUGUAAUGUAAUUCUGGCAAAAUAAAAAAAAUAUGUACUUCAAAGAGGAGGUGGUGAAGGACAGUGCUACUAUGCAAACAUGUCAACAGCUCUAGAAUAUUAAACUGUAAGAUACAGCGCAAAUCAAAUCAAGUGCAUGUAAAAAUAUGAAAUAAACUGCAUUAUGAUGGUAUGAAGUGCGACGCUUGAUUCCGGCAGAACUCAUGAAGCGUGUUCGCGGUAUCGUUAUGGUGAUGGUUUACCUUGAGAUUUCUUUUUUUCCAUUUAUUCCUGUAUUUACCCAAUGUCUUUAAAGUUUUCUUAUGAGGAUUUCCAUAGAACUCUCUUUCGGCUAUCUAUGAGAGGAUUGACAGGUAGAGAGUGGCUAUGAUGAGAAAUUAGAAGGGGUAAAAUGAAAAAAAGAAAGGAAGGAAUAGCAAAGAUAAAGAGUUGGAGAAGAGAAAAAGAGCGGAAAAGAUGGAUGGGAACCGGAGGUGGAAGGGAUGCUCAUCUGGUUUCUCUAGACAAAAUCAUCGCCAUACCCUACACCAUCACAGAGAAAGUAGAUUUUUUUUUAAACAGCUCUAAGUGUGAUAUACCUGUUUUUUGAAAGGAAAAAAGCAGUGGAAGAGGUAGGGCUGAAAAAAAUCAACGAAUGGGACAAAAUGUUUUUCGGAAAAGGAGAUAACGAAGCCAAGAGGAUGGACCCCCAACAGCGGUUAGUGUUAGAGUGUGUAUACAAGGCCAUGGAAGAUGGUGGGAUCACUAAAGCAAAUUUGGAUCGGUCAGAAACAGGUGUCUACAUAGGUGUAAUGAACGGGGAGUUCGAAGUUCAUUCCAUCGAGGAUACUAAAGUGUUGUCCAAUUAUUCCGUCACUGGACUUAGUAGAAGUGUUAUAUCAGCACAGGUUGCCUACUUUUUAAAUUUACAUGGUCCAGCUCUUACAUUAGAUACUGCUUGUUCGUCAUCCCUUGUUGCAAUCCACACAGGCGCACAGGCAAUAAGAACAGGAGAGAUAACUCUUGCAAUAUGUGGGGGUGUGAAUGUUCUUCUGAGUCACUUGAUGUCGAUAGUAUUGUCAAAGGCACGGAUGGCAUCACCUACAGGCAAAUGUCACACUUUUUCAAAGAAUGCUGAUGGAUACGUCAGAGGGGAAGGAUGUGGAGUUGUCAUCCUCAAACGUCUUGGCGAUGCUAUUCGUGAUAACGAUAAAGUAUGGGGAACCAUUGUCACCGCCUGCAAUCAAGAUGGACAUGAAAAUUCACCAAUUACAGCGCCUGCAGAGAGUCAGCAAAUCCAUCUGUUAGAGAAGAUUUUCAACAAAUCAGGAAUCGAUCCCGGCAGCGUGCAGUACAUUGAAGCUCACGGAACUGGAACCCCUGUUGGUGAUCCGAUAGAAGCAAAUGCUCUUGGAAAAUUCUUUGGAUCGCAUUUUAUAGAUCGUAAAAUUAAAAUUGGGUCCGUAAAAACUAACAUCGGUCAUCUUGAAUCUGCAGCAGGUGUUGCUGGACUCAUUAAAGUUCUUUUGAUGAUGAAACAAGGCUAUUUUGUACCCUCACUGCAUGCCGAUGAGCAGAAUGACAACAUUCCAUUUCAAGAAUAUGGUUUUACAAUAAGCAAAGACCACUCAAAAUGGAAUCAAAGUCCUGAAGGCUGUCGAUUGGCAUCGAUCAAUUCAUUUGGAUUCGGAGGCACAAAUUCACAUGCAAUAGUAUACAGCAGCCAAAGGUUCAACAGAUUGGGAAAAAGCGAUAAAGGGUCAAUGUCUGAAGUUUUAUUUCCUAGACGCAACGCUGUAGUAUUAUCUGCAGUAACAAGGGAUUCUUUGCAAAAAAUCGUCCACGACGUGAGAGAAAAUCUCACUAGUAUGUCUUCACUAGAGGAUUUAUCAUAUACCUCUAUUUUUUGUAGAGAUCAUUUCAAAUUCCGUAAGCUGAUAGUUACGGACUCCAAAGAAAAUCUUCAGAAGCAGUUGCAAACUGUUUUAGAGCAAAACGAACAGACCCUUUCCCCACUGCCGUCUACAAAACCUCAAAUAGCAUUUGUUUUUUGUGGAGUGGGAACUACAUGGACAGGAAUGUGUUCAGAAAUGAUAGAUGUAAAUCCAGUCUUCAGAAAAUGUGUGCUUGAAAUUGACUCUCAUUUGAAAAAGCUUGGUGCAAGCAUUGCCAUUUAUGAUGCAUUUCAAAAUAAAAACGAGGAUUAUACAAAUCCCAUUUUAGCUCACAUUGCAAUUUUUGCCACUCAAUUAGCACUUGCGGAGUCAUGGAAACACAUAGGGAUAUGUCCAUCAGCGAUCGUUGGACAAUCUGUAGGGGAGGUGGCUGCAGCAUACGAAAGUGGGGCAUUAUCACUUGGGGAUGCUGUAACAGUUAUUUAUUAUCGUUCACUUGCUCUGUCUACAUGUCAAAAUGGUGCAAUGAUGGUCAUUCGCAAUUGUGCAACUGAGACAGUUAGUCUAGCAUGUGCUAAAAUUCAGAAAAAUUUUAGAUGUAAAUUGAAUGUUGCAGUUUACAAUAGCACAGAAUCAUGUACUGUGUCUGGAGAUAAAGAGGCUCUGGAAAGACUGAAAACAGAUUUAGCAGACGACACAGUAUUCAUACCCCUCAGGACACCUUGUGCAUAUCACAGUUAUCAUACCAAAGACGCCAGUAAGGACCUGAUUGGUAUGCUACACAAUAUUAAACCAAAUGCGCCAUGUAUUCGAACCUUUUCAACAGUUACAGGAACAGAAAUAAAAUCAGACUUUGCGUCUCCAGAAUAUUGGGCAUUGAAUGUUUCACAACCUGUAUUAUUUAUGCAAUCGAUGAAGUCAAUCAAGGAAACAUUAGACAAAACAAUCUUUGUAGAAAUAGGACCUCGACCAGUAUUCCAGGCACAUUUUUCUGCGGUAUUUCCGGAAACAGAUGACAUAAUUUUGCCGUCCAUGAACAAGCUGUCAGAGAUGAAAACCUUUUCAAACACAUUGAAUAAAAUUUUCGAAAAAGGGAUACCUCCGAUUUGGAAAAAUUUCACAGCAAUAAAUGGAAGCCUUUGCAGACUUCCAAGGUAUGUUUUCAGCAAGAAUGAUUGCAGCAUUAAAUCGGAUAUCAAUAAGGGAUUAACACAAGGAAAUAAUCAAGAAAAUUACUCUGGUCGUAUGAUUCAAUCCACAAAAGGCCCAAACUGGAAAUUCAGUGUGUAUAUCUCAAAAUUGAAUACGCCUUUCGUAUACGAACAUAUUGUAGAUGACAGGAUCAUUCUGCCAGGCGCUUUAUACGGAGAGAUAGCACUUGAAAUCGGAAGAAAUAUAUGGAAUGGAAAUGUGGAAGAACUUGAAAUAUCAUGGCGAAUUCUGAAACCUUUGGAAAUAGGUAUGACAGAGGAGAGGUAUCUCCCUAUUGAUGUUGACUUCCCAUCUUCUUUGGAAGUUGAAUUCAAAGUACGUGAAAAAGAAGGGUCUGGGGUAUUGGCUGAAGGGACGGUGAAACAUGUGGAUCAAUCGAAGUCAGAAGUCGUAGAUGUUGCAAGCAUUGACGGGACACUUGGAAAGCAAAAAUCAAAUAACGAAAUCUACUCAUUCCUGAAUAGAUUAGGUUUCAAACAUGGUUCAACAUUCCGAAUAAUAUCGGGGAUUCAGUCAUCAACAAAUGACAAUCUUGCGGAAAUAAUUUUAACAAAAACCGUUCAGAUGGAAUUGCCAAGAGCUUGUUUCCAUCCCGUCAUCAUUGAUGGCAUGUUUCAGUCAUGCUUUAAUCCAACACUGAAAUUCGAACUCGGAAAACAAUCUCGCAUUCUACCUACUGGGGUAAAGAAAUUCACAGUUAAACAAUCGCCGACAAAAAAGAUGACAUGCUUUUCAAGAUUGAUGUUACAUCAAAAUUCAAAAGUAAUAUGCAAUGCAUUACUUUUACGCGAAAAUGGGACGAUUGUAGCAGAGAUGCAGGGUUUCGAAAUGCAUAUAGUCUCUGAUGAAAAUGAAACCGAAAAGCACUUCCUUGAAGAAAAAUGGCAACUCACUGAUAUCCCAAAAGGAGAGCGUUCUGCAAAUAGACCAAGUUUGAUAGUUUCAUGGGACGAACAAACAAUGAUAGAAGCUAAAACAGUUCUUUACAGAAUAUCCACACACUUAGAAACAGUCAACUUAUCUUCCAAUCUCCAAAUGAAUAAUUUUCUUUCAACAUUGCCUGAACGUAAAGGUGUAGAUUUAUAUUUCGUUCCUGGCUUCGUCACUGUUGAAAGUUCUGAAGAUGGAAACCAAGUGUUACAAUACGUGCAGAAGUCAGCACACCUUCUUUUGACAAUAUUACAGAAGAUCGACCUUGAUGCAGUGCGCUUAUACAUCGUUACAGAAUGGACACAAGGAGGAGAGGAUAGAGAGGUGUGUGGUGUCUUUGGAUCGGAACUAUGGGGUAUCGGUCGUUCGUUUCAGUUAGAACACUCUGACUUUAAACUUACAAUGAUAGAUCUUCAUGGAAACUGGCUAGACCUUCAAACUUCAAUUGUAUCCACGAUUUGUUCUCUCGAAAACGGUACAGAAAAUAUUCUCUCUCGGGAAUUCAUUAUCUCAUCGAAAGGAGUAUCGAGAGCUAAAAUUCAACAUUUCCCAUCAACAUACUUUGUCGAUGAUGUGAAAACAGUUGACCCAUUAACAGAAAAACACUUUUCUGUUCGAACACGAUCCAUAUCAAACAAACCUUCUUUCUUUUUGGUUCCAAACCUAGAAAGUACGAACAACAACACCAAUGUUUGCAGCGUCUCCAUCGAUAAAGUGUUGCUAUGUUUCAAGAAUUAUGGGUAUCCUUCCCCAAGUACAAUCCCAGUGACAAGGUACUGGAGUCACGGUCUCGACAUCGGACAUGACGUAAUGGCUUGUGAAUUUACCGGACAAUCUUUGAAAAAUGGGAAGCAAAUUGUUGGCUGUUCUCUCAUCAAUGUAGCGUCUUCGGUAGAAGUUAACAAACUCUGUAUCUGUGAAUUGCAAGAUAUACCAUUUUACAGGAUGGGGAUGUUUUUUAACACUGUUGUUGCAAUGUCCUUUGCAGAGAAAAUCGAAAAAAAGAAAUAUGUUUACGUUUUACACGACAAAGAACAUGAGGAUGUAGCAGCAGUUUUGAAAGCACUACUUCAAAAGAAACACUGUUUAGUUAAAACAGAGGAAUUUCAUAUUUCGAAUGAUAGUCAGGAUCCUUCAGCCUCUGUUCUUAUCGUGUUGACAAAGCAAGUCACGUGCCCAUUUGAAUUGAUCAUUCGGUUGUUUCCAAAUCUUCAACAGUUACUUAGCAUCAAGGGCCUACUACCACUUUCUACAACUCUAAAUGAUCCAACAAACUACCCACACAUAGAAUCAUAUGUUGUAGAUAUAUUUGACAUAUUUGAGCAAACAAAAAUGCAAAAUCAGUUUAAGCGAGCAACACGCUUGAUACUCGAAAUAAAAGAUGUUGCUUCUAGAAUCCCUCAACACGUUUCAGAAGGUAUUUUGAAUGUGUCGAUCUUGAGAGAAUCCAUAAAAAUAGAAAUUCCAAGUAACAUGUUGAUAAGAAAAGACUCGGCAUACAUUGUUAUUGGUGGCCUGACAGGUCUAGGAUGGGAAGUGACAAAAUUAUUGGCUGCUCGAGGGGCAAAGAUAGUAAUUAGCUUAUCUCGACGAUUUCCCUCUGAGGUAGAAAACCGACGAAUAGAAAACAUAAAACGUAUUCGAAGCACAUAUCUCUGGCAUGAGAAAGUUGAUAUAGCAAAGAAAGAAGAUUUAGAUUGCGUUUUCGCAAGACUUGUAAGAAAUCUUGGAAUCACAAAGAUCCGUGGGAUUUUUCACGGUGCCGGUGUUCUACGAGAUACACCUGUGAAGAGAUUGACAACCGAGAUGUUUGAUGUUCCGCUAAUUCCCAAGGUAUUGGGCACGUGGAAUCUUCAUCGAGUGACAGAAAAUAUGGAUUUGGAUUAUUUUGUUAUGCACUCCAGCAUAGUUUCUCUUUUGGGAAAUAGAGCUCAGUCUAAUUAUGCCGCAGGGAAUGCCUUUAUGGAUGCGUUUGCUCAUUAUAGACGCUCGAUUGGCAAAGCGGCACAGGUGAUCAACUGGGGAUUGUUGUCUGUCGGAAUGGGAGCGGAUCAAAAUAUUCAGGCUAUAAAUGCAAUGAACGGAUUUUAUGCAUUGUCAAAGCAUGAGAUAGUUAAUGCAAUGAACUGUGCAUUGAUCACAAAUAAGGUGCAAUUUGCGGUUGCAGACUUGAACACGUCUUUAUUAGGAAGAAAAUUUGAAAAACAUCUUGAGUCAAGUCAUAUUCAAUUGCAUGACGGACAUGCAGAUUUAGUCAAUGCGCUUCCAGAACACAGGGAGAACAAAGAUCAGUCACUUCAGUCAUGGGUUGACUUUGUGAAGUUGUGUGCCGCAUCGAUUUUAUCAGUUGACCAAUCGGAAAUCAAAGAUACAUCAAUCCUCCUUGACUUUGGAUUGGAUUCCCAGAAAGCAAUAGAGCUUAUCAAUUACCUGUUUCAAUCCAGUCAAAUACGCCUACCUGUAGUUUAUCUCAUGACGGGAAAAAACACCGUUACCGACAUCGCUGGUUACUUCCUUUCCAAAUUAACAAAGGAGGAUGCAACAUGCGAUGAUGAUUUUAUUUCUGAAAGUCCGUCAAGUUUUGAGCUACAUUAUUUUGAUUUGUAUGAGAGCGAUUCGAAUAAUCCGCAUUUCACAAUUACAUUAGAUUUCACUGUUUCUUGGGAGCUGAAUAGUGCAGAAAUAUGGAAGACAUCCCUCUUGAAUUUGAUUUUAAUCAAUCCAGAACUUCGAACAAUAUUUCAAAAAACGGAACCGGGACAAAAGCGUGCUGAUAAAAGAAAAUUAGUACUUGACAUUGAGGAUGUCUGUUUCGAUUUCUUCAAAGUUUCGUCAAAUGAUGAACUACAAAAAGUGUUCAAGGAAGUAUCAAAGUUUGAUCCACAUGUUGACAUUCCCAUAAAGGCUUUGUUUUGGAACUCACCUACUUGUGGAGCUUUAAGGUUGAUAUUGAAUCACUGCUGUAUAGACAAUGGAAGUGUUUCAACCAUUGUUAAAGAUCUUGGGUACAUCAUGAAAUAUUAUAUCAUUCAUCGAUGUUUUCCAGAGGUGACUGCCCGAGAGUCGUUGGAUUCAGCGUUGUUAAUAGAAAAACACAUGAGAGGAGAAGUGGACGAACUUAAAUCUUUCUGGAAUACAGAACUUUCAAAAUGUAAGAAAUCACAAAGUUUUGAAGUCCUUGAAACAUCAAAAGAGACAUUUAACAGCACAGGUGGAGUGCUAAUGCAGCGGCAGAGUGACGAACAUAAGUUAGGCAACGUCACAACGAAGCAUUGGAGUGGUGAUCAUAACACAAGCAAAGUAAUCACCAAGCAUUGGAGCGGUGAUUACAUCACAAACGAAAUCAUGACAAAGCACUCGAACGGCGAACAGAACACAAGUGACGUCAACACGAAGCAGUGGAACGGCAAUCACGAGUCCAACAACGCCAUCACAAAGCAGUGGAACGGCGAACAGAAGACAAGCGAUGUCAACACGAAGCAUUGGAAAGGCAAUCACGAGUCAAGCAACGCCAUUGCAAAGCAGUGGAACGGCGAACAGAAGACAAGCGACAUCAACAUGAAGCAUUGGGACAGUGAUCAUAAUACAAAAGAUGUCAACAUCAAUCACUGGAGCGGCAACCAAAAGUCAAGCGACGUCACCACAAAGAUUUGGAGCGCCGAUCAAUUUCAAAACCUGGAAGAUACCUCGAAAAAAGGCAAUUUCUCCCUAUUUUCUUUGUUUUGUACCGCUUUCCAGUUGACUCUUUCUAAGCAAUUACAGUGUCAAAGAAUAUGCGUUAUUAGCGCAAUCGAUAUGAGGCUACAUUUUCCGGAAUUUGGCGAUAGAAUAGCUUUGUGUGUUAAUUACGUUCCCAUGGUUUCACCAGAUUUAACAAACCCAGAAUCAACCUUGCACACAGUUCUGACAGAAAACAAAGUGAUCAUCGCUGACGGAAUUUCAAAAAGUCUUUUUCCAUUCAAACACACAAAGGAAUUGCCAACUUUCAGAAAUGAUAUUCACAUGACUCAUUCUAUAAUAAUGGAAGACUUGACACUUUGGAAGGAUUUCAACUCGUCACAUAUCCGUCUAUCAAACUUUGGUGUGGAACAGGACUCGACGUAUGAAACAUGUCUUAGUGUUAUAAUUCACCCCACAAAGUCUCUGGAGCUUCGAUUAAGGUACUCAGUCCAGAAAGUUGGAAUAUACAAUGCAGAAAAUAUCCUUGAAAACAUUGAGGAGCUCCUUCUAAAUACUGUAUCCAAUCCUGACAUGAAACUUCAUACUUGGCAGCCAUCUUGCAAACAGGAAAAGGCAAUAGAAGGUUUUCCACAUGUUUACUUCUUUCUGUGCAAAAAGAACGGAAAACCCAAGAAAACGAAAGUUCUUAUAAAACACCAUCCUGUAUUUGCAUUGGAAUGGGGAUCGAAGCAGAAAACACGUGUAGCUGCGUCAGAUAUAAUACUAAUCACUGGUGUUCAGCUCUCAGGGAACCAUUCAGAGGAUUUACAUGGUAUUCAUAUAAAAACAUCCUAUUCUGAAGUUCGCUUGUUCACAAAGAAUCGAAGACACCGUGACGCCUGGAUCUCUGUUCUGAAGAGGAAACGGACAAAAUAUUUUGAGGAACAUUUUGAGAGUACCGAAUUGUGAACUAAGAACGUUUUGAGAGUACCCACUUGUGAACUAAGAGCGUUUUGAGAGUACCCACUUGUAAACUAAGAACGUUUUGAGAGUACGGACUUGUGAACUAAGAACGUUUUGAGAGUACUCAUUUGUGAACUAAGAACAAAACGAAAUUGUCAACAAUGUGUAACAUUUAGAAAAACAGUCAGACAUUGAUGCUUUUUCCACAUUUCUUUCAACAUUAUUCUGAACUAACAGACAGCUGCUGUUGAGGAAUGGUAUUUUACUUUGUACAGAUUGUUUUUAAUGCAAGUAUGCGUGUAUCACUUUAUCUGCAUAUCAUUGUUGACGUACAUGUAUAUCAGUACAAAUUAUGAGGGAGUGAUUGAACACAGAUGAGCGUCAUGUCAAUGGAAUACAUUCUUAUCGGGAAUAAGCAAAAUUUGAACAGGUGGUUCCGGAAUGAUAUAUAUAACUUUUAUUGCCUCUUUUAUUAAUCACGGUGGUCGGCCCCGUUGUAAACUCUUGUUGAAUAUUUAAUUCCCCUAAAGGUAAUCAAACUGCAGAGCCUCCAAGACAAAUAUCAACGACUGAUUAAACUGAUUAAACGCUAGUGAGGUGACGUGAUAUAUUUUCUGCUAUUCCUAGUCAAAAUGUCUGAAUAUGUGUGUUUCAUCCCCAUUUAAUCCUCGUCAGCAUAGUUCAAUACAUUGAUUCAUCUCAUCUUAGAGGGCAACACCCUGUCCAACAUAUCAAGAAUGAUUCUAAACAAUAGUAGGAACGAUAAUCAAAAGGUAAUUAGAAAUAGAAAUGAUGUCUAUUAAUUAAUAAUAUUACAGCAGGUGUGCCACAAUAAAGAUCUUCCCCUGCUCAAUGGCCAUACACGCCGAGCAUAGGCCUAAAUUUUGCAGACCUUCACCGGCAAUGGUGAUGUCUCAAUGUGAAAAAUUGUUGAGAGGAACGUUAAACAAUAUACAAUCAAUCAAUCAACGAUCAACUCUACAGUAAGGAAACUUGCAAAGAUACCCGAAAGAGAGAAGGGCAAACUAUAUAUAUAUAUAUAUAUAUAUAUAUAUAUAUAUAUAUAUAUAAAGCACUAAAUAAUCACAACUAGGUACUGAAAAUUUUCACCCCAGCCCGGGGUCGAACCAGCGACCUACGGCACCCACCGCCUAGCAAAACUGUCAAACCAGUUCGUAAGUCCACUCGGCCACAACGACUUCCCUAUAUAUAUAUAUAUAGUUAUAGUUAUAGUUAUUCAGAGAUAUAUUAGAUACUGAAAUAAGGUGUACUUUUUAUUGAUUAUGUCAGCUUAAACAUUGUGUUAUAUGUUGUAACACUAUCAUACAUAGUGAGAGGGAGUACAAGCGAAUACUUAAUUUAACUGUUUAAUCGCGAGAUUAUAUUGACUGUUAACAGUUUUGAUUUAACGAGAUAUAUAAAUCUUUUGAAAUAUCUAUAGUGUUAUUUCGAUGCGAAACAACGAGCAGGAUGUGGAAACAUGAUAUACUUGAAAUAUUUACCAGUAUGUGUAAGAUAUGCGUAUUGUAUGACGGAUAUAUUUACAGUUACAUCAAAUACAGUCAAAGGCAAAUACAGUCAAAGGCAGAUCGUUUGAUUAGGUCAUGUGAUGAAAAAUGAUAUUGUAUAUAUUAUUUCAUUUAAUGUUUAUGUUUUAUAAUUUGUAAUGCAUGUAUAUACUAAAUAAUUGUACAGUAAAGGGCUUCACUGAAUCGCUGUCUCUAUGUCAGUUCGUAUUAUUGUUAUUCAACUUCCAUUAUUUAUGUAUGAAUAUUCAAUUAUCACCUGUAUGUGGUGUUUAUAUCUCUCAACUGAUUAUAUACGCAAGUGUUUCGUCUACGUGUGAUCAGUUAAAUAGAAGCGGGUUACUGAUGUUACAGGGGUUUCAACAAUCUCAAUUAAAAUGAAUAUUUCCCAAAUUCAAUGAUCGUUAGAAUGAUCUAAUUUCCCAGUACAACUUAUCAUUGGGUCAACGCUAUCUGAAGUGUUUCAUAUCGAUUGUUAGACCGUUCUUGGCACUCUGACAACGGAUUACUCUGUUUACCUGAUCAAGAUAUAGAGCUCGCGAUGGUUUUAAUUCACAGAUUUAUUCUAAUUCAGAAUAUUCAUUUUCGUGUAAGACUGCUGUAUUCAGUUUCCAGCAACUAGUACCUCCUUUGCUUGUUGCUAGGUAUACAAAACAUUUUUUAAAAAUAGAAUUGUUGUAUGAUCCCUUCGUUAUUUACAGAAAGUGGUUUUCUUAAAUAUAUUAUAUCGGGCUUGUAACGAAAGUUAACAGUUACAAAUACAUCAUCUAAGCUAUUUUAGCAACACUAUUUCCAUCACACCAAGUAAGUCCAGCACUAUAUGGUUUAAGUUUUGUCCAUAACUCCAUACAGUCAAACUUUAAGUGCAUUUCUAUCAACGUUUUUGUACUUUUGGCAUUUUUAUGAAUAAGGCUACAGUUAAAAUCAACUGCUAUGAUUCUGUUAUCAUAACUUUGACAGUAAAUUGAUAUCCACUUUGAAACCUUUUGAAAGCAAUCUACCUUCGUCUUUUAUCAUUUGGUACAUGUAUAGUACAAGGAGAGGUAACUCUAUUUUCAUGUUCAACGAUUGUUAAUAAUAUUCUACCAUCUGUAUAUUUAUGUUCCCCAAACAAAGUUUGGGAAAUGUUGUUUUUACUCUGUUUCUUAUUAUCAUUAUUAUGUUCCAUAAACAAAGUUUGGGAA